AUGAAAUACCUACUAAGGAACCAUAAAAUAAAUAUUCAGAAAAUCUGUGAAGUUUUAUUUAAACGAUAUUUUUUAACGAAUCAUUUCUAUGUUGGUAAUUUUUGUGAAUAUAUAAAAUUACAACAAGAUAAUAUAUUAUUUAAAAAGAAACAAAUAUAUUUCCUAAGUACUUGUAAAGAAAAUGAUUGUGAUAAUGAACGUGUUAAUCUUCAUGUGAGUGAGAAAGAAGAAGAGAAUAAUAUAAAAAACAUUUUGAAUAAUGAAGACCAUUAUAAGAAUUCUUUAACAAAAAAAAAACAAGAAAAUGUUAUAAAAAAGGAAAGAGACAUUAUUAAUAUAUUAGAAAAAGUUAUUAAGAAUGAAAAAAAUAUAUUGAUUACACCUCAGAAUAUAGUUGAAUUAUUACAAGCUUAUAGUAAAUAUAAAUAUUAUAAUGAAGAUAUUAUAAAAUUAAUAAUAGUUUAUAUGAAAUAUAAUAUGAAUAAAUUUUCUUUGAUAAAAUUAUGUGUUUGUUUAAAUUAUUUUGUUAAUUUAAAUAUAAAAAAUGAACCUUCUUUUAAUAAUAUUAUUUCUAAUAUUAUUAUGAAAAAAAUAAAAGAUGAUGAAUAUAUGGAUUUGUAUGCAUUGUGUAUGUUAAUAAAAUAUAUAUUAAAUAAAAAUAUAAAAGAUAUUAAUUUAAUUUAUAUGUUGAUCAGAAUAACAAAAAGGAAAAUAUCAGAAGAAUUAUAUAAUAUAUAUGACGUAUAUAAUUUAAUAUUGUCUUUUUUAAAUAUACAUACGAAUAUAAUUAAUCCAAGAGCAUAUGAAAAUAAACAAAAAAAAAUAAACAACAUUAACAUUAAAAGCAACAACAAUAAUAAUAAUAAUAAUAAUAAUAAUAAUAAUAAUAAUAAUAAUAAUAACAAUAAUAAUAAUAAUAAUAAUAAUAAUAAUAAUAAUAGUUAUUGUGAUAACCGUGUGGGGGGUUCAUAUAACAGUUACAUAAAUAAAUGUGAUAAUCCAAUUGAUUAUCAUAUAAACCCAUUUAAAUUAUAUCAAUCAGAGGAAUAUAAUCAUUCUUACAAUAAUUCUAAUCCAUAUGAUAUAUAUGAAGAUACAAAAAAAAUAAAUGAAGAAAAUAUUCACAAUAUGCUACAUAUAUAUAUUAAUUCUAAUAACAAAAAUAAUAAUGAUAUUAUUUUAAUGCUACAUAAUUUAAAAAGUAAUAUAUCACUAAAAUCUUUUACAUUUAAAAUGUAUAUGAACAAUGAUGAUGAAACAAAAUUAUAUUCACAUUUUUUAAAACAAAUAGAUUUUAAAAAAGAAAUACAACCACAAUAUAUAGCUCUUCUUCUUAUAAAUAUAAUGAAGUUUAUAAAGAAUUGUCAAAUUUCACACCAAUUAUUUUUACACAUUAUAAAUAAUCUUCAUAUACAUAUUAAAAAUGUUCUAAUGAAUACAAAACAACAUGAAAUGAACAAAUACAAACUGUAUUGUGAUGAAAUAAAAAUAAAAAAAAAAAAAAAAGAAUUAUUUUUAUUUAAUAAUAAUAUCAAUAGGUUUUGUGUGCAACAAAAGGAAUCAUUAGAAAAUAUUUACAGUGAUAAAAAUAUUAACAGUGAUAAAAAUGUUAACAGUGAUAAAAAUAUUAAAAGUGAUAAAAAUGUUAACAGUCAUAAAAAUUUUAACAGUCAUAAAAAUAUUAACAAUCAUAAUAAUAUUAAAAGUGAUAAAAAUAUUAACAUUCAUAAAAAUAUUAAAAAAAAAUUUUAUGAAAAUGGUGAUAUGUUUAAUAUUAAUAAAAAUAUAGAAAGAUCAAAACAAGAUCCUUACGAAUUUGCUCACACAUAUCAAUGUGAAGAAAAUAUAAAAAAUAUGACGGCACAAAAUAAAUCAAGAAAACACUUUAAUAUUCAAGAAAUUGGAUUAAUAUUCGAAUUUUAUACUUCUAUGAUAAAUUAUUUAAAAGAAAGUAAAAGAGAUAGUUGUCCAAAUGAUGAUAGACACCCUUUCUAUAUUUCUAACAAAAAUAAUUUCAUGUCACAUAUUGAAGGAAUUUAUAAUAACAAAGGAAGUGUGGAAGGAGAGAAUAUUUUUACAGAUAAUGUGAACAUGAAUGAAAGGAAUAAUAUACAGAAUAAUAAUUUAAAUAUUUUUAAAAAUAAUAAUACAUAUAAUUUUUAUGAUCAGUUAAUUUUACACUUUGAUUUGUUCAAAUUAUAUAUAAACAUAUUAAAGAAGUGCCUUUACUUAUAUUCAUUAUAUAAACAAGAAGAAAUUAAAAAAAAAAAAUUUAAAUACAAUAGUGAUGAUAUUAAUAUAAUUACAUACUGUAAAGUAUUUAAAGGAUUUGUAGAAAUUUAUAAUAAAAAUAAUUUCAUAGAUAAAGAGAUAUUUUUUUCAUUUUUUGAAGAAUAUUUUUUAAUACAAAAAAAAGAAAAAAAAUUAUGUCUGAAUGAAAUAUGUGAUAUCUUAAAAAUUAUAUAUACAUGUAAUAACACAGAUCUUUUAGAUAUUUUAUAUAAUAAUAGAGAAAGCAAAUUUUUAUUUAUCA